CAGGCCAGAGCAGAGGUCGGCGGCGCGCAGGGGCGAGGUCCGGGACUCUCGCUCGAGGCUAUCGCGAGAGCCAGGCCCGGCAUCACUUUCUGGGCACACCGGCCGGCGGUCCAUCCGCGAAGCCGAGGUCGGGGACGCGAGAUGUCGCUGGGAGCGGCUCGCUGGGUGGUGGCGGCGGCAGCCGCGCGGAGCGGGGCGCUUGGGCCUGGGCCGGCCGCGCGGAAGGUCGGGAGCGGCCAGGGACAGGGCCGGGCCCCGUCACGGCCACUCAUUGCGACCCGCAGCGGAGCCAUCUUGCCGAAGCCGGCCAAAAUGUCCUUUGGCCUCCUGCGGGUGUUUUCCAUUGUGAUCCCCUUCCUGUACGUGGGCACGCUCAUCAGCAAGAACUUUGCAGCCCUGCUGGAGGAGCACGACAUCUUUGUUCCAGAGGAUGACGAUGACGACGACUAGAGGGCUCAAAGCUGCAAUGACUUGCCACAGUCACACAGCCACAGUGUAAAUCAAAGUACAGGCUUGCCAAGAUUGCAAACUCAGGACUUUUCCUGCUCUUCCCACGGUGUCCUGGCCAGCUAGUCUGACCUUCCAAUGAUAGGAACGGGAGCUGAUGGUUUCUUAUCAUAGAUUACAAAGUGCCUGCUUCACUACAACCCUUUGAGGGGGGUAGGGCAGAUGUUCUUGGUCCCAUACUACAGAUGAGCAAACUAAGGCUCCAAGAAACUGAAUGACUUCCCCACUGUUGUCACAUGAGAGCCAGUAAUUGGGAGCCAAGACUUGAGUCUGUUGAGUCCCCAAUUUAGUAGUUUUUGAAUUAUUCCAAAGAAAACAAAUCUCCCACAGAAGGAGAGGCCCCAUUUAACUCUUGCCCAAGAGAUGACUGGGGGUAAUCCAGCUGGGCCCUGGGGUGGGAGUCACAAAGAGAGGCCGGUGGGCUCUGGGGGGGGUCCUCCGAGCACAGCCUGUGGCCCGCCCCUCCCACCUUCAGGGGCCACUGAGUCCUUCUUAGAGUCGCUGACCGGUUACGAUCCCAGGCUGUAGGACAGGAAGAGCUGGCAUGUUUGUGCGCGCGGAUGUCCUCCUCUGAAUGCAGCCAUGCUUUCCACUGCAGGGCGCACUGGCCACACAGAGGGGGUGGUCAGCCUUCUGAUGCUCAAGCUUCCGGAGGGAGCCACCAGGCGUUUUAUCAGCGGAGGGACCGAGGACAAAGGCUGGCGUUCCCUGUACGGCCCAGUGGGUGUGGUGUGUCCACCUUGUUAGCCCAAGCUCCCUCAGGCUGCCGCCCGAGAGCACUUGAACUAUGAAUAAAUGUCACUGUGUGACAGGCAGUGGCAGGA